CCGGCGGGAUCAGUCAUGGAGAGAACGCCGAGCGCUACGCACUUGCUGCUGCUGGCCGUCAUCGGAUGGGGCUGCUGCCUGGCCCUGGGCGCGGGACAGCUGCCAGAGGUUGAUCCGGCGACGGUGAAGGAUCUGGAGGAGCUGGGCGCCCACUAUCUGCCCGCGGGCUACACGAAGGCGAACGUCUCGCUGGCGGACUUGCAGCGUCUGCUGCGGGCCAAAUGCGAGAAGGCCAACCAGGCGCUGCCCGCGGGCUCCGUGAAUGCCACGGCGCUGGGCACGGCCAUCGAGCAGGCGGGCGGACAGCUGAUGGGCUGCAUUGGUGGACUGGCGAACGUCACGGAGAUCCUGGACGAGAUAGAGAAGGCGAGCCCCAAGGGGGACCUGGACGUGGUGUUCGAGAAGUACUGCCUGCGCCUGCCGCAGGCCAAGGCCUGCCUGCGGGACUUCAAUGCCGCGCUGCAGCCGUGCCUCACCCGCGAGGAGCGCUCGCACAAUGCCCUGAUGCAGCGCAUCAUGGACAAGCUGCUGGAGUUUGUGUGCUACAAGAACGGCGACCAGAUCGCCCUCUUCAUCGCCGAGCAGGGGCCGGAGUGCCUGCAGGCGAGCCGCGACCACAUCGCCACCUGCCUCAACACGACCUUCUCCGGCUACCUGCCCCAGGUGGGGCAGCUCUCCUCCGAGAACGUGGCCGACCUGCUGCCGGAGCUCGUGCUGGGCCCCCGCCAGUGCGUCGACCUGCACGACUUUGAGAUCUGCACCGUGCGCCACCUCGAGCGCUGCGAGACCAUCACGCCCAGCAACAUCGUGGAGUCCAUGUUCCGCUACGUCCGGAAGGAGUCCAACUGCCAGCCGGCCAUCGAUCGUGCACUCCAGGAGCGCCGCCGUGCCCAGGCCCUCACAGCGCCAGACCCGGCGGACGGUGGUGCCGCCUCGCUUGCGUUUGUCGGACGCCUGCUCCUGCUGCUCGCCCCAUUGGUGGCUCUCCUCUAACCGGGAGGACACGAUGCCCACCCACCGAUUCUCCAUUUUGCGUGCGUGUGUGUGUGCCUCCGCCUCCUCCUACUCCCUUCGCUUAUCCUUUUUCUCUCCUUUCUGCUUUCUCUUUUUUUUUCUGAUAUUUUAUAAUUAUGUUUAAUAAACUUUUGCAAGUCGAGCGUAAGCCGCUUAACGGA